UAUAUCCCACAAUUACUUGUUCGUUGGGCGCCGGUUGUAAACUAAACACUAGAGCUAGUCAACAUUAAGUGUGAUCUAGUGUUGAUGGAUUUAUAGAAGACGUUUCGGACUUAUAGAAGUUAUGGAGUUAUAUAUGGAGUUAUAACGGUCCUAUUUUUAAGUUGUCAAGUAAGCAAAGAAAAUGAACACCGUUGUACUCGUCUGCAUCAUUGCUCUUAACAGUGUCCUGGCGUUUCGCGGGCGUGUACACUGCCCUCUAGGACAGUUCCAGGAUGUCUCCGGAGCAUGUGUGCCAUGCCCAAACGGAUCCUAUCUGAGUGUGAGCGCCAAUAACGAGAGUCACUGUCAACCGUGCACGAACGAGCAGCCGGCUCACGCGGUGGUGGAACACCUGUGCAACUCUACUCACGAUGCCUCGUUUAAGUGCGAGGACGGUUGGUUUAACACUAACGGUCAGCCAGUAAUAUGUCAGGUAUGCACGAAAUGCCAGGACGUUGGUCAGUAUGAAGCCAAGGCCUGCUUCCAUAGGCACGACGCUGUGUGCUGUCCUUACAAAGACAUGACUUUAAGAGCGUUCAAGGGAAACCGACCGUGUCAGACAAGAUCCAGUAACAAAGGCUACUGCUGCUUAAGUAAAACGCCUCACCAGAUUACUUCAAACAUGUCGUUAUUACUGAUUAUUUUGCAGCCGACUUCCUUUGAAAAUGCCAGUCUAAUGUGUGCCAGGAACAUGUAUUUGGACACCCAUACAAACAGUUGCAGGCCUUGUGAUCCAUGUUCCUACGUUGACCUCGACAUGCACACUCAACAAUCAUGUGACCUCUGCUCCGAGGGAAAGAAUACGUCACGCCUGGUCUACUGCCCAACACGAUGUAGGCAAAGCGAAGGCUUGAGCCUUGCCCAGCGAUUUGGGCUAUCUUUUGUGAUUCUAUUGGCCGUCCCUUUCGUUUUGGUGAUAGCAAUAUUGGCACUUCUAAAGAAUUGCCUUACCCUAAGCCUACCUGGAGCUACAAAGGCUGAUCAAGAAACGGAAACAAAAGAAUGUCUCAAUAAAAGUCAUUAACCAUAA